UAUAUAUAUUUUGCCGUUUCACUUUCGCAGCCCGUGUUACUGUGACACAAGGUUAUAAUUUAACUCGUAUAAGCCCGUGUUACAUUCAGGACUGAUCGGAUUAUGAUUCUGUUGACAUGCGUAAUUACGCAUGGUAAUGAAUGUACUACGCACGGGCGGGGCGGGGUCGCCUCCAGCUGCGGUGGUCCAAGGGGCUGAUGCUGGUGAUGGAUCCGGCUUGACAGAACAAGGUUAUCCGCCAGGAGAGAGCCCGUCCAUUUUCUUCAUCCGCUCCUCACUCGCAGCAGCAGCAGCAGCUCCCCGCCCGCUCGCGCUACGGAGCGCGUCCCCGGGACUCCGCUUCUCCACGCACGGCAGAGGCGCAGGUUGCCGCGCCCAACAGAACCCGGGAUGCGACCGUCUCCUGCAGCUGGCUGGGAUGCACUGCGCCUCAGAAGCUGAAAUAAUGCUGUUUGGAGGGAAUAACGCCUCGCUGUCACUUUGCUAAGACGAGGAACGCAAAGAGAGAAUCAUAACCGGAGUGGAUGUAACCGGAAAAGUCAUUUGCAUGGAUUUAAUUAGCAUUUACCGAUCAUUCACGUGUGAACUUUUUCCUCUGACGAUGUGAAUCUUACGUAUUCUUUGCAAUGCAUCACAUUAGAGUGUUUUUCUAACAUCUUCUGCACACCGACUCCUUAAAGAUGCAGAUGCUGCUUUUAAGAACGAUCUUUUUCAUUGCAGGAUGUCCACAUGUUUUGUUGCAUGGAGAAAGCCGUAAUGCACACACCAAAGAUACUCUUAGGAGCCUUCAUGAUCCAAAACCCAGUGCCACACGCCCUGCGAGGCAUCCAGCCGCAGGUACACCUGCCUUUGCCAUCAAACACACUUCAGAAGAUGACAGUAACUUGUCCUCACGUCUCUGGAGCGCAGGUAAACCGUAUGCAUACAGACAUGUCUUGUCGAACAGAACACACGCGGCCACGGAGAGUGGCACAAACCUACAUAAGCUCUUGCGGCGACAUAAAAGGAAAAAGUUGAAUGGUGAGAUGCCUGCUACCAUGGGAACAGCAGAUGGACACAAUAACUCUAAGCCGAGCAAGCGAGGGAGAAACCACAGGCGCAAAAGAGGCACAAAGGAGCACCACAAGAAAACGUUUAAGAGCUUGAAAAGGGGCCAGAAUAAAAGCGCUGCCUCAUCGACACCAGUCGAAACUUAUUAUAAUGCUCUAACAUCCUCUUUUACCAAGUGGGAACCCAUGCCCAAGCCUCUAGCUCUCACCUCCACAGAUUUCCCAUUUGAUCUCACCAGAUAUACUGAGUUCCACACCAAACAGGUAGACGACCCAUGGGACGCCACGCCAAUGACCCCUCCAUACGCCGAGGAUGAGGAGAGCGAAUUCUUCCCCAAUCCUUUCUACCCCGUCACUAGCGAGACGUAUGGGGCGUAUGCAAUCACUAUCGUUUCGGUCCUUAUCUUCGCUGUUGGAAUAACGGGGAACAUAGCAAUAAUGUGUGUGGUGUGCCAUAACUACUACAUGAGGAGCAUCUCAAACGCUCUUCUGGCUAACCUGGCCGUUUGGGACUUUGCGCUGCUCUUGUUUUGCCUGCCUCUCGUGGUGUUUCACGAACUCACAAAGACCUGGCUGUUGGGCCAGUUCACCUGUAAAGUCGUACCAUAUAUUGAGGUGGCGUCUCUCGGUGUGACCACCUUCACCCUCUGCGCUCUCUGUAUCGACCGUUUCCGCGCCGCCACCAACGUCCAGAUGUACUAUGAGAUGAUUGAGAAUUGCACCUCCACUGCCGCCAAGCUGGCCGUCAUCUGGAUCGGUGCCUUGCUCCUCGCCCUCCCCGAGCUCCUGAUCCGGCAGCUGGUGUCAGAAAACGGCGACGGCACGGUAGAGGACCCGGCGUCAGAGCGCUGCCUGAUUCGCAUCUCCACUUCCCUGCCGGACACGCUGUACGUGCUGGGCCUGACCUACGAGGGCGCGCGUCUGUGGUGGUGCUUCGGGUGCUACUUCUGCCUGCCUACGCUCUUCACCAUCGGCAGUUCGGUGGCGACCGCCCGGCGGAUCCGGCGUGCCGAACGUGGCUGCGCCAGAGGCAACAAGAAGCAGAUCCGAUUGGAAAGCCAAAUGAACUGCACCGUAGUGGCACUGGCGAUCGUGUACGGUGCGUGCGUGGUGCCGGAGAACGUGUGCAACAUGGUUUCGGCGUACAUGGCGGCCGGGGUCCCGCAGAGCACCAUGGCGCUGUUGCACCUGCUCAGUCAGCUGCUGCUGUUCCUGCGGGCGGCCGUCACGCCGGUGCUGCUGCUCUGCCUGUGCCGACCCUUCGGCCGCGCCUUUCUGGAGUGCUGCUGCUGCUGCUGCGCCGACGCCUGCGGGAUAGCGGCCCACUCCUCGGCCACGGCAAGCGACGACAACGAGCACGAGUGCACCACGGAACUGGAGCUGUCGCCGUUCAGCACUAUCCGCCGAGAGAUGUCCAACUACACAGCGACUGGAUCGCACUGCUGAGGCGUGUGGAUUCUAGUGCCAACAAGCACAUGCUUUUGUCUUACCUGUGUAAAUACUUUGACCACAACCGAUAUGUUGCUCUUUUAAAGAAAGUAAUGUAGACUGAAAGUUAUGUAAGUACUUUUUUUGUAUAAUUGUCCUUAAUAUAUAUAUAAAUAUAUAAACACUGAACUAGUGACUGCUUUAAUUUUGCAGUUUGUUUGCACUGCCAACCACUUUAGCUUUCUCUCCACUCUGUUUUCACACUGACACCGUGUCUACACUGGAAGAGAUCGGGAUUGAGUUGCACUAAAAGCGUCGCUCACCUCAGGAUGCUCACUAACCACAGAACAAUCACGUGCAAGUUUGAGGGUAGACUCAGGGCCUGUCCACGCGAACACGGGUAUUUUCAAAACCGUCCGUUCGUCCACACGCAAACACAGUAUCCGGUCACAGAACUUUUUUGAAAACUCCUGCCAGGGUGAAGAUUUUUAGAAACUCCAGUUACAGUGUUAUCGUGUAGACGGUGAAACCGGAGAUUUUGGCUUGUGACGUCGGUACCGGAACCCGUAAUAACUUUUUUCCAGGCUUCUGAUUGACUUUGCGAUUAGGGUUAUAACGCCACCUGUUGGUUUGGCAUGGACUUGACAGUGCUUCAUAGCAUGUUUUUGCGUUUUCAUGUGGACACGUUUUUUUUAAAAAAAAACAAAGGAGGAAAAGGAGGAAAAACUCAGUUUAUAAAAAUACUCGCGUACGUGUGGAGUAGGCCUCAAAGUGAAGUUAAAUACAUCUAUUGAAUGUAAAAUGCUAUUUUUAUUUUUGACAAAAAUACAUGUUUUAUCAUUUUAUUAUUUAAUUUUAUUUUAGUUUUAUUAUAUAAUAUUUUAUUAUUUAUUAUUUUAUUUUUAAUACAUUAAAUUUAUUUCAUUUAAUUAGAUUUUUUUAAUUUAGUAAUUAAUUUUUUUAAUAUUUUAUUUUCAUUAAAAAAAAAAAUCCUUUACAGUGAUAUUACAUAGGUUAUUUGUAUUUCACAUAACAUAAUAUGUAUCGAAUUAAUAAAAUUCAUAGCAAAAAAUCCCACAUUUGAUACUGUUAAUAAAAUAUUUUUUUUUCAGACAUAAGUGUGAUACAGGGUUUCCACAACUUUUGACAAAUGAAUUAGAAUUAUUUUACACUAAUUUAUAAUUGUAUAAAUUUUAACGAAAAUACUACUUUUAUUUUUGAAAAAAAAAAUCCAUCUUUUAUAAUUUUUACUUUAUUUUUUAUUUAGUUUUAAUUUUGUAAUUAUUUUUUAAAUAUAUAUAUAUAUAUAUAUACAUACUUUUUUUUCAUAAAACAUCCAUUGGUAAAUACUUUACAGUGACUUGUAAUUUUUAUUUUGUGUAACUGCCAAAAGUAAUUUAAAUUUGUAACAAAUUAAUUAAAUUCAUAGCAAAAGUAGACAUAAGUGGAAAAUACAGGCUUCCCACAACUUUUUUCAAAUUCAUUGCAAUUAUUUUACAGUUAUUUAUAAUUGUACAAUUAAAAAAAAAAAUGCUACUUUUAUUUUUGAUAAAAAUCUGUCUUUCAUAAUUUAUUUUAUUUUAUUUUUUAAUUUAGUUUUAAUUUAGUAAUUAAUUUUUUAAUAUAUUUUAUUUUAUUCAUAAAAAAAAGGCCAUUUGUAAAAACUUUAUAGUGACUUUACAUAGAUUAUUUAACUGCCAAAAAUUUUUCAAAAAUAUUUAACAAAUGAAUGAAAUUCAUAGCAAAAAAAAAAAAAAAGACAUAAGUGGAAAAUACAGGGUUCCCACAACUUUUGACAAAUGAAUUGCAAUUAUUUUACAGUAAUUUAUAAUAAUUUAAAAAAAAAAUUUUAUCACUAUAAAUAAUUUUUUUUUAUUAAGAUUUUACUCAUUUCCAUCAUUUCUCCAGGCCUGAAAAUCACAGAUCUUUCCAGAUUUUCCCACAAAAAUAACAAACAGCUCAUCUGAAGUUCUCCAGUGCAGAAAGUUGACUUGAUUUAAAGGGAUCUGUCCAGUUUUGACAUGUCAAGCUCGUCCGGUGUAGACACGGUGUUCCUGUCGCACGGUGAGUUUCUGCAUUUAUUGAAAGUAACAUUUCUCUAAUGUUUGUAAAUGGCUGUGUGUUGCGUGCCGUGACCUUUCUCUUGAUGAAGGUGAUUCUUGUGAAUCGUUCUUGAAGUCUGUAGAGCAGAUGUGUGGGUAACUCACCCGCCCAGAUCUGUAUGUGUCUUACACCUGUGAACACCCACACAAUGCUCGUUCUAGUUAACGCUUUCUAAACGUUUUUAUAUAACCAAAACGAAAUGUCUCUUUAAUAAACAGGAAACGUUUGCUAGAAGAAUGGCAAACCGAUCAAUUAAAAUGC